AUGCUCCUCUCUAGCCGCUCCAAUCCACCCAAGCCGUUGAAAUUUGGCACCAACAAGUCGGACCGCUAUCUGUCUAUCAAACACCUGUUACCUUCGACACCGAUACCGUCACCCUCGCUGCCGUCAAUCCUUCCACGCCAUGGCAAGAAACCGCCCAAGCUCAACUCACGCAGAAUCGUCCGCAGUAUCCUGUGGCUCUCGUUCUUGAUCGCCGUCUACUAUCUCGUCUCGUUUGGCAAGCGUACAUCGCAUCAACUCGCGGAGCUGACGUUCCUCGCGUCGUCCGGCAAGACAUACGAGAUCAUCGAGGCCUCGGAGCUGCCCGACUAUCCCACGCCACUGGCCGUGACGGAUGCCAAAGGGAAGCACUACUGGACGAUCUCCAUACCGCAGAAUCUGCGCUUCCCGCUCUCUCCCACCGAGUAUGCGGAUAUCUGUUCCCAGGCCCUAGAAGUCGGGAGGCACGUCGCGGCCAAGCCCUCCAAACCCGAACACACUGCCAGUUACUAUCACGAGGAUGCGAGUUUUAUCGACGUGGCCGAAGCCCAGGCUUUGAAUUUCCUACCCCCCGAACCGUCCUCGGCAUCCCACAGCUCCGGAGAUGGCUCCCUCCCUGUAUGCGAGCGAUCGUUGACCUACAUCCUCGAUGCUGCGAACGCGGGCUUCGGCUCCGCCCUCCUGGGUAUCUGGCUCUCGUACAGCCUCGCGCGGCACGAAGGCCGCGCCUUCUUCAUCGACGACACGCACUUUCCCUACGGGAACUAUUCCACGUUCUUCACCAGCAUGCCGCAACCUGACCCUCCAUGCCGCCUACCGCCGCCCUCGCACCGCGUGCCCUGCCCCCGUCAGGCCAGCCAUCUGGUCGUCUCUGCCGCGACGACGCCGUGGAUAUUCGGCCCGGCCUUCCACGCGCACUUUUCGCGACGCCAAAUCUUCGACUUCGCCCGUGAGGGCUACGAAGCCCUCUUCCACCUGCGGCCCGAGGAUGGCGCCUACGCGCUGAAUCGGGCCAGUAAGCUCCGCGCGGCUACCGACAAUGGCAAUGCUGGCCCCAACAGCGACGGGGCCAGGGGCGACUCUGACAGCGACGCGGUCGAGAACGGCCUCGUGGGGAUCCACAUCCGGCGCGGCGACCGCCAUCCCUUCAGCCUCGCGUACGCCCAGAACUACAUCCCCCCGGAGCAGUACAUGAGCACAGCGCACCGGCUGGUGGGUCAGUCGCCGCACUGGCGGUUCCUGGUGGCGAGCGACGACGCCGACAUGUACGAGCACGUGGACCUGCAGGGAGCGCAGCGCGCGCAGGAGAAGAUCUCGCUCGCGAGCAAGAAGUCGUUGGAGCGCAUGGGCCACGGGGGCGGUGACGGCGGGCGCCGCGGCGCCCUCGGCUGGGAGGGCGGCUUCUUCAAGGACGUCUUCUGGGGGCUGGGCCUGCCGGAGGAGUUGAAGUGGGGGCCCAAAAAAGUGGGGAGUCCGAUGCCCAUGAAGGAGAAGCAUCGGUUCGGGGAGAAGGGCGCGGACGGGCGCGAGAAGAGGGAUCGGGAGGUGGAGAGGGCACUGGACAGGGAUUACCGUACUGAUCCUACGAAAGAGGCGCUCCAGUUGAGAGAGCUGCUGGGGAGGGCCUACUUGCUGGAUCUGGCCAUGUUGGCGCAGAGCGACAAGGUCGUGUGUGGCGUGUCGGCCACCGCGUGUCGCAUCCUGGCCGUCAUGCUGGGGUGGGAACGCGCGUUUGAGAAGAAAGACUGGAACAAUGUGGAUGGCGGGUACGAAUGGAGAAUCAUGGACUAUUAA